AUGGCAGUCCGACCUGAAUUACUCUAUUGCAAGUUUUCUCGGAAUGUGUUGGAGGCAAAGAAGGAGCAAGGAAUAGCCAUAAAGUCUGAAGAUGAGCAGGAAGUAGCCAUUCAGACUGGAUGUGAAUCUGUACUCGAUACAAGUCUUGUAUGUGAUUUGAAUUAUCCACCAGUUACCAGCAGAAAAUCAAGGCAUGAAUUGACUGAGGCAGAGAAGGAAGAACGAAGGCUGCGCCGUCUAUUAGCUAAUAGAGAAUCCGCCAAGCGGACAGUUCGCCGUAGACAGGCAAUGCGAGAGGAAUUGACAAGAAAAGCAGCUGAUCUUGAACUGGAGAAUGAAAAAUUGAAGAAGAACAAAGAGCUUGCUGCUGCGGAGUACAAUUCUUUGAAUAUCAAAAAUAAUAACCUGAGAAUGCAGAUAGAGGCUGAAGUGGAGGAAACGGAUGAUGAUUCUAAGUCUACUCUUGUAGAAACUCCUACUUCAACUACAUCACCAACUUUCCUGCAUGAUCAAGUGCCUCUCGUUCUGUCUACCGUCUUUCCACCUUUUGAUGGUCUCAUGUUACAAGGUGGUCCGCAAAGUAUCUCUGGCGUUGCACCACAGAUGUCUGAUACAUCUUUGGUGAUGACGAACACUCCAGGGACUCCUCUAUAUAUAGUUUCCUUUCCUUGUCAGAUGCAAUUCCAUGCCCAAAGUUCCCCAUUUCAUCCAUAUCCAAAUGACCAGCAUACGACUUCUUCAACUCCAAAAACCACGGUCAACAUGGAAAAUCACCUAAAAGCAGCUCCUCUGAAAGUUGAAACAAAAACUCCUGAUUCAAUAGAUACUAAGCCUAGAGAAUUCCUUAUUCACGACCCUGACACGUCUUCUACUUCAAAUCCUUUAGUACUACCGGUUAUUGCUAGACAAAAUGAGAUCACUCAACAACAUAUAUAUACACUCCUGAUGUCAAAGUUGCUUGUUCUGCUGUUGGGCGUGUAGCAGGUGAACUUGCAGCAAUGCAUCAAGAACAUGUUACAUUCUCUAACAACGCGUGUCCAUAGGCUCGUAGGAAAUAGGAAGCGCUUAUGAAAUGAUCAGAAGCCAGUGUUGUUAUUAUCAGUUUGCGCGCAUUUAACUGCCUAAGAUGCUGAGACAUGAGGUUAGCACGUCAAAAAACCGAAACUUUUUGAAUUUUGAGUUUGGUAUCAACAAGGGAUCGUCACUAGAGAUGUAUAAAUUACUACGCAUACGUUCUAUUAACAUACGUGAUGUACUUUACUUUUAUGUGUUGGUGAAGAUUGAUGAAUAAAUGAUGAGAC